UACGAUUUAGCGCCAUGUUUUUGGUAUAGCCUUACACCGUAGCGUUGAGCAUCUCCCUACUGAUCUUUGUAGAGUAGUACAGAAUAACAGUCCAUAGCAGUCUGAGAAGAGAAGUCGACGAGCUGAGGAGCUUUGGCAGGGGCUCAAAACAAUCCGGAUUACAAAGAUGCCGUGUACUAGUGAACUUUCUCGAUCUCAAGAAUAUCUAAGUUUUCGGAGUUCAGUUCCUCUGCGCAAGAUCGUAGUCGAUGCCGAUGGAACAAAGGGAUGGAAGGUUUAUGACUCUAGUCCCAAAACUGUAAAGUGUCCAUUGGUUUGUUUACCACCUGUCAGUGGGACAGCUGAUAUAUAUUUCAGACAAAUUUUGGGCCUUGCUGCUAAAGGUUAUCGAGUCAUAUCUGCAGAGCCACCAGUCUAUUGGAAUGUUAAGGAAUGGUGUGAUGGCUUUAGAAAAUUGUUAGAUUACAUGGAGUUGGAUAAGGUUCAUAUCUUUGGUGCAUCUCUUGGUGGUUUCUUGGCACAAAAGUUUGCUGAAUCUAAUUCGCAUUGUCCUAGGGUUGUUUCUCUGAUACUUUGCAACACAUUUACUGAUACUUCUGUGUUCAGCUACAAUGAGUCUGCUACUGUAUUCUGGAUCCUACCAUCCUUGAUACUUAAGAGAAUGCUUAUGGGUAACUUCAGUAGUGAUAAAGUUGAUGGUGAGAUAAUAGAUGCCAUUGAUUUUAUGGUAGAAAGACUGGAAAGCCUGACCCAACCGGAAUUAGCAUCAAGGCUAACGAUGAACUGUGUAAACUGCUAUGUGGAACCUCAAAAAAUCUGUCACCUACCUGUCACCAUAAUGGAUGUGUUUGAUGAGUAUGCUCUUUCAAAUGGAGUACGAGAAGAGAUGUAUAAAUGUUACCCAAAUGCUAAAUUGGCACAUCUUAAAAGUGGUGGGAACUUCCCGUAUCUAAGUCGCUCAGCAGAAGUUAAUUUACACCUUCAGAUACAUCUCAGACAAUUCGAAGGCACUGAGUAUGCAGCAUCUGAAAAGAUCAAAAUUUAACAGUUUCUUUUCCUUUUUAUUGGACUACUUGUUGCUCAUUAAAAUACGUAAAUACCUUUAUGCCUUCACGUGAUUUAAUUGUAAGAGGUGGCCUGGUAAUCAGCAUCUCCUUUAUUGACAUUUAAGUAGCCAAUUUGACCAAACAAUCCACACAGUCAGUUUCGAUAUUAAAACAUAUGAAAAAUAAGCAUUUUCAUCUGAUAGUGUAGAAUAAGAAUGUGAUAUAUUAAGAGAAUUUGCCAGAAUUCUCGAUACUCUAUUAGUCACAAUCGAAGAAUCUAUAGAAAAUGUGCAAUCUAGUUGGCAUUCCAGUGCAAGGCAACGAUGCCCUGUACUUUAUUGGACUCUCUGAAAGAGAGCGAUUGUAAAGAAUGAUUUAAAAUAUUGAAUUACCGUGAAAUAAAUAUAAGCUAAACAAUUUGUAAAUAUGUAUUCCAUGUAUCAUUAAGAUAUAGAAUCAUUUUGUUACUGAAUGCAAUAUGUACUAUAAAAAUAUAUAUACAUAUAUAUAUAUAAUUUUACAUUAAAAGAACUGCAUAUUAAAAAAGAAACGAAAGAAAACCUGCGUGCCUCUAUGAUGAGUAUUGUAAUCAAAUAUACAAACCGCCAUAAGAUAUGGCGUUACAUAACGACUAAUUUUGAGAUCGGUCGUGGAGACUGUGAAUACUCCAUAAGACAUACAUAUUUUCGUUUCUCUUAAACACAUUGUAUGUACAUCCAUACGGGUGUCCACGAGUAGUAGAGAGUCCGCCACUGGGUCCUCUGGUGGACACUGUACCACUUAUACUAAUAUGAAUAUACUCAUCAACAAAAUAGCGUUUUUUAAAUACAUUUAUGUUAUUUUAUCAUAUUUCUUACAAAUUGUAUAUACUGUAUCUAUUAAAUAAUUUUAAAAUUUU